CAAAGACAUGUAAAGUUGUAGGCUAUGUGUUUGUUUCGAUACAAUUCUAAAGUCUGCGCUAAUCAGACAAGCUUAUCAAUAUUAAACAGACAGUGGAAUAGCUUGAUUUUGGAGAACAUUUAAACAGUUACGUGGAUUUUUCUUGAGAAAACGGUUAUAUUUGCAGACUGAGUUUAUCUAACGGUUUAAGACAAGACAGCAAAAGGGGCUUCUUCAGGACUUCCUCUACCACCACAAAGAGAGCCCUAGAUGGAGAAGUCCCCUUUACCGACUGAUGAUGGCGGCCAUGGCCUGGGUGAGAGCCACUCAGACGCGGCACUGGUGUCUGUGGGAGGGCCGGUCCCAGGUGGGGAGGCCGGGCCAGCGGAAGACCGUCCAGCAUGGGACAGCAAGCUGCAGUACGUCCUGGCCCAGGUGGGCUUCAGCGUCGGCCUGGGGAACGUUUGGAGGUUCCCUUACCUCUGCCAUCAGAAUGGAGGAGGAGCGUUCAUGGUUCUGUAUGUGAUGUUGUUGAUGGUGGUGGGGGUGCCGCUAUUCUUCAUGGAGCUGGCUGCUGGCCAGAGCAUCAGACAGGGCAGCAUUGGCGUGUGGAAACACAUCUCUCCUCGGCUGGCUGGGAUUGGCUACUCCAGCUGCAUGGUGUGCUUCUUUGUGGCUCUCUACUACAAUGUGAUCAUUGCUUGGUCUCUCUUCUACCUUGGAAACUCUUUUCAGUACCCGUUACCAUGGGAACACUGCCCCAUAGAUCACAGCACUAACGCGACAGUUAAGGAAUGCUCUGAAAGCUCUCCCACCUCCUACUUCUGGUUCCGUAAGGCAUUGGACAUCGCUGACUCGAUAGAUGAAUCUGGAGAUUUUAACCCCAUCAUGACUGGCUGUUUGCUGGCUGCCUGGGCUAUUGUGUGCCUCGCCAUGAUAAAGGGCAUCAAGUCCUCAGCCAAGGUGAUGUAUUUCUCCUCCGUGUUCCCGUACGCCGUUCUCUUCAUCUUUCUUAUCAGAGGCCUGAUGCUGGAUGGGGCCAUAGAUGGAAUCAAGUACAUGUUCUACCCCAAGCUAGAGAUCUGGGGCAGGGUCCAGGUGUGGCGUCAGGCGGCCACUCAGGUGUUCUUUGCGCUGGGGCUGGGCUAUGGCUCGGUCAUUGCCUACUCUUCCUAUAAUCCCGUCCAGAACAACUGCCACCGCGACGCCGUUAUGGUGUCCAUCAUCAACUUCAUGACCUCUGUGCUGGCCUCCCUCGUCGUGUUCGUGGUGCUGGGCUUCCGGGCCAAGACCAUUGCGUUAGGCUGUGUGGCAAGGAACCUGGGGGUGAUGUCAGAGCUGGCUGGAGUACCUGGUACAUCUCAGCACUGGUGGCCGUGGUUCAACAUGUCCGAGCCUAGCUCUGUAGGCCUGGACGACUACAGAGAGUGGUACAAACUCUUUGGUGCACAAGUGGGGGCAAACAUAACUGACUGUAACCCUGAGAAUGAGAUGAAUAAGGGUGUGGAGGGGACAGGUCUUGCAUUCAUAGCCUUCACUGAGGCCAUGGCUCUGUUUCCUGCCAGCCCGUUGUGGUCGGCGCUCUUCUUCCUCAUGCUGCUCAACCUGGGCCUCAGCACCAUGUUUGGCACCAUGCAGGGCAUCCUCACCCCCCUCAUGGACAACUUCAGCCUGCUGGGGCGCCACAGAACCAUGCUCACAGUGGGUAGCUGUUCCCUGGGAUUUCUGAUCGGACUUCUGUUUACCCAGCGUAGUGGGAACUACUUUGUGACGAUGUUUGAUGACUACUCUGCCACCCUGCCUCUUAUCAUUGUGGUCAUUUUUGAGACGGCGAGUGUUUCUUGGGUCUAUGGAGCUGACAGGUUCCUGGAUGAUAUUGAGGUGAUGUUGAAGUGGCGGCCUCCAAGCAUCUACAAGUACAUGUGGAAGUAUGUUUGCCUGCUGUCUAUGGUGGGACUCCUGGCUGCCAGCCUGCUACGCAUGGUCAUCAAACGGCCCACCUACACCGCCUGGGACCAUGCCACGUGUAACUCAUAAAUGAAAGUGGAUAAACUGAACAUGAGCUGAACUUUCAAGUGUGUGGAUUGUGUUGAGGACAGUGGAUAGGUUUGCAUGUAACCAUCUCUGAUCUGUAAUUUUUGUUCAAGCAUAUACCUCGAGCCAGACUGCCUUAUCGAACGAUGUGUGUGUUUGUGUGUGUGUGUGUGUGUGUGUGUGUGUGUGUGUGUGUGUGUGUGACAUUUUCUUUUAUAAUAACCAUUACUUUUAUCUUUGUGUGAAAAUGAGAGAUCUGCAAUUACCAAAUAAACUUUACCAUGUAUUAACUGUU